AUUAUGCGUCAUUACGUCACGAGGUGCAACGACAGGACGUUGUUACGUAUUGGCCCAGCUGCUUAUGCUAAAUGCUAGCUAAGUCUCUGGUUUCUGUUUUGCGGCUUUCUGUUGUCCUCCAACAGGACUCUGGGUAGAAAAACUUAAUUUGUCAGGUCGGUAACAGUCCUUGCAGCACCUGGACGUCUGAGUCGGGUCGUGGUCAUGGCUCUGCAGGGGCCGGAGGAGGUAGGGGAGCAGGUUGAAGAGCCGGAGGACCUGGACGACCAGGACGCUAGCAGCAUCUCCCCGGCCGAGGAGAUAACCCUUCCACCGGGGACGGGGGGCGACGAGGAGCCGGAGGAGGCUUUCCUCCUGCCGUGGGACCGCUUUUCCUCCUGGCUGCACUGCAUUUGUGUGGUCGGCUUCGACCUGGAGCUGGGCCAGGCGGUGGAGGUAAUUUAUCCACAUCAUUCCAAACUGUCAGAGAAAGAGAAAACAAGCAUCUGCUACCUUUCCUUUCCAGACUCCAACUCAGGUUGCCUUGGCGACACGCAGUUCUGCUUCCGCUUUCGACAGGGAUCCAACAGGAAGUCGUCCCUUGGGUGUUUCCUGGAAAACACGGAUCGAGACGCGCCGCCCUGCCUGAAGCGGGAACAAGGCCAUUACUACGGCUAUGUGUACUUUCGUCAGGUUCGAGACAAAUCCCUGAAGAGAGGAUACUUCCAGAAGUCUCUGGUUCUGAUCAGCAAGCUGCCGUAUGUGACCUUCUUCCACUCGCUGCUGAAGAUCAUGGCUCCGGAGUACUUUGAGAAGCAGGAGCCGUGCCUGGAGGCCGCCUGUAACGACAUCGACCGCUGGCCGACGCCGCAUCCUGGACGAGUCCUGACUCUGCCGAUCAUGGGCGUCGUCAUCAAAGUUCGCAUCCCGACCUGUUACGAUAAACCAGGAACCUCCCAGUUGGUCCAGUCAGCCCAGGGCGACAGUUUGGUUUCUAUCAUUCUGCCGACGAUCCAUGAAGUCGACCUGUUCAGGUGCUUCUACCCGGUCUUCUUCCACAUCCAGAUGCUUUGGGAGUUGGUGUUGCUCGGGGAGGCCCUGGUUGUCAUGGCGCCGUCGCCCGCUGAGUCGUCAGAAACCGUGCUGGCGUUGGUGAGCUGUGUCUCUCCGCUGCGUUACUGCAGCGACUUCAGGCCGUACUUCACCAUCCAUGACAGCGAGUUUAAGGAGUACACGACCCGGACGCAGGCUCCGCCGUCGGUCAUCCUGGGUGUGACCAAUCCCUUCUUUGCAAAGACUCUGCAGCACUGGCCGCACAUCAUCCGCAUCGGAGACAUGAAGCAAGCAGGAGAGGUGGCCAAGCAGAUGAAGGUGAAGAAACUGAAAAACCUGAAAACUCUGGACUCCAAACCCGGUGUGUACACUGCCUACAAGCCAUAUCUCAACAAAGACGAAGAAAUCAUCAAGCAGCUCCAGAAGGGCGUCCAACAGAAGAGACCGUCGGCGGCUCAAAAUGCGAUUCUUCGACGGUACUUUUUAGAGCUGACUCAGAGCUUCAUCAUUCCGCUGGAGCGAUACGUGGCCAGCCUCAUGCCUCUGCAGAAGUCCAUCAGUCCCUGGAAGAGUCCGCCUCACCUCCAGCCUUUUGUCCAGCCGGACUUCAUGAAGACUCUGGAGAAAGCAGGACCGCAGCUCACCUCCAGGCUCAAAGGAGACUGGAUUGGACUCUACAGGCAUUUUCUAAAGUCUCCCAACUUUGACGGCUGGUUCCGGAGCAGGAAAAGAGAAAUGACUCAGAAACUGGAGGCUCUGCACCUCGAGGCUCUGUGUGAGGAGGACCUUCAGCAGCGAAUCCAGAAGCACACGGAGGUGGAGGUGGUUGAUCUGGUUCUGAAGCUCAAAGACAAACUGAGCCAGGCGGAGCGGGAGCAGCUCCCGGUCCGGCCGGGGACUCUGUCCAAACUCAGAGCCCACAUCGAGGCCGUCAUCCUGGCCUUACCAGAGGACCUGCAGGGCAUCCUCCACAAGCCGCCCACAUCCUGAUGACGCCACUCCUCAGCUCGGAAACGGGUCCAGCUGCUGGCGGGACUGAGGCCCGGCUGGAGGCCUGCUCGGCUCAAACGCAACGCGCUAACUCAGCGUUGGGAAUCAUGUGGUCUGGACUGGCCUGGAGCUGCCAGAUGGAGUGUUUUGUUUGGGAAAUAAAGGAGAGCUGAUCACGUUCUCACACAGUC